AUGAGUAAGAAUGAGAAAGAGCCAGAGCUGUGUUUCCUGUCUAUUCCAUGGCUUCCGGAAGCAUCUGUCAACUCAGCUACCUGGGAGUCUCUUGUCCUCUCUGCACUCUGGACGCUGGACGACCACGCCGCCGCUGCCGCCGCCACCGCCAUGAAAACUCAUUACUUUCUCCUGGUGAUGUUAUUUUUUCUCUUCUCCCAGAUGGAGCCAGGUGCUGGUAUUCUCACAAGUCUUGGCCGCAGAACAGACCAAUACCGAUGCCUCCAACAUGGAGGAUUCUGUCUCCGCUCCAGUUGCCCUUCUCAUACCAGACUACAGGGAACCUGUAAACCAGAUAAGCCCAACUGUUGCAGGAGUUGACAGUGAUUUGAAGAAUGAACAUAAAAGACAAGUGAGGGAUAAACCAUUAGUAUUUUAAUAAAGGAAAUGUUUUCAAAGCCUAUUUAUAUCAAAUCAAAAUGAAUUCCAUUUCUCAGUUUAGAAGAGGUUUUUAAAAGUGUAAGGCUGAAGUACAGGGCUUAGAACAAGAGGUUGGAAAAUCCAGAAAACCUGCUUGGCCCUGAGUAAUGAUGGUCACAAUUUGAGUAGUGUCAUUUUUAUUUCAUUUUUAUCACCAAACUACAAGCAUCCAGUGCAGGAAGGUCACACAGAACUGAACAGUGAUCGCAGCUAUCAGAUCUCCUGGGGCCAAACAGGAUACUCUUCCAUGGUCUCAACAGUCAGUUAAGUGAGGUUCCAUAUGCAGAUCCAGGGCCGAGGUCUCUUCUUACAGGGCUUAGGGCAGUAAUAAGUUAGCCUUAGUAUCAGAACCUCAUUUAAACUGUAAAUUGUCCCAUGAAAGCUUCUCUUUCAUGGGUAUUGGCUGGAUUCCCAGAUCAGCAAUUUAAAAAAUAUUUAUGCACAGCUUUCAAGCCUAGCUGUCUAUCACACAUCUGUGUUAGGUCUGGGCCUUCUGUGGUUCAGGUCAUCUCACUGCUGUGUCUACAGAUGCCCACAAGUGGACAAAAGCAGCCAUACAUUCAGUUUUCCCAAAAAAUUCGCUUCCAUCUCUUGAUGGCACACAUAAUGCUGUUGUUUUCUUAAUCUGUCUCUGACACUUUAUCAUCUACUCUUGGCAGGUAGAAGAUAAAUAAAGGGUACUUGUGGCUCUAUUCCUCAGGCCAAAAUGAAAGUCCCAUUGCAAAAAGAAUUUAUUUAGCAGUCCACAGUAAUAUUCAUCAAUGAGAUGAUCUUUUCUGUAGAGAAAAGCUGAAUAAGGAAGAUGUUAGCACUGGAGAGGACAUUGACUGGACUCAAACAUACUCAGUAAUACAGACACAGUGGUUUAAA